AUGUUUAUUUAUAUUUAUGCAAAAUGCCUCUUCUUUUCCUUUUCUUUUCCUUUUCUUUUCAUUUCAGUUUUGACUCCUCUUUUUUAUUUCCGUCUUUUUCUUUUUUUCUUAGUUUUUUUCAUUGCCAUUUCAUUUUUAACUCUAUUACUUCGUCUUCAUUCAUUUGUUUUUGUUUCUUUUACACAUUGCUUUCUUCUUUCUAACUUUUACAUUUUUUUCUUUCUUUCUUUUUUUCUUUCUUUUUGUUCAUAUAUCCACCUAUUUUCUAUUUGCAUUUCAUUAUUUCUUUCUUGUAUAUUUAUUUCUUAUUUUUCAUUCAUUCUUUCUUCCUUUUUUCUGUCUGUAUUUUUUAUUUUCGUUAUUCUUUCUAUUCAGGCAUCAUCUUAUUUUCUAUUAAACUUUCCAUUUUCUUUCUUUUCCCUUUUUCCAUUUUCUUUCUUUUUUUCUCAUUCCAUUUUCUUUAUUUUUCCUCUUUUGAUUUUCUUUCUUUUUCCGCUUUCUAUUUUCUUUCUUUUUCCACUUUCCAUUUUCUUUCUUUUUUCCCUUUUCAUUUUCUUUCUUUUUCUUCUUUUGAUUGUCUUUCUUUUUUCCUUUCCAUUUCCUUCAUUUUCCGCUUUCUAUUUUCUUUCUUUUCCUCUUUCCAUUUUUCUUUUUGCUCUUUCCAUUUUCUUUCUUUUUCUUCUUUCCAUUUUCUUUCUUUUUCUUCUUUUGAUUGUCUUUCUUUUUUCUUUUUCCAUUUCUUUCAUUUUCCUCUUUCAAUUUUCUUACUUUUCCCUCUUUCCAUUUUCUUUUUUUUUCACUUUCCAUUUUCUUUCUUUUUCCUUUUUCCAUUUUCUUUCUUUUUCCUCAUAUGAUUGUCUUUCUUUUUCCUUUCCAUUUCCUUCAUUUUCUGCUAUUUUCUUUCUUUUUCCUCUUUCCAUUUUCUUUCAUUUUCCUCUUUCCAUUUUCUUUCUUUUUCUUCUUUUUCUUUCUUUCACUCUUUUCUUUAUCAUUUUUAUCUUUUUUCUUUCUAUUUUCUCUUUGUAUUCUAUUUCUUUCUUUCUUUCCUUUUGUCUUUCUUUCUUCUUUACAUUUAUUUUCCUUUCUUUCUAUCAAGUUCCUUUUAUUCUAUCUGAUCAUCUUUUCAUCUAA